AGCGCUUCGAAAAUAUGGGAGCAACUAUCAACAGAACGAAAACGACAAGAAGUUGACAGAAGUACAAGUACGUACCGGUACCGGUAUUUCGGUAUUUCAGUGUUUCGUUUGCUCUUUCAUCCUGUAUCGGUACCGAGGUGCUGUUGAUCUAUUCUGGCAUCGUUUGUUCAUUGUUUCCGAUGGAGCUUCUUCUGCCCCUAAAGAAGCAUUGCCACCCUCGCGUUAUUCAAUUGAACAGCAUAAGUUCUAUAUUUCAUCACCAAUAUUUCAUCGCAGUCGAUAUGAGACGAUACCCAACACAGCCGAAUGAGCCAAUUGAUUGGUCCCGAAAAAUACAGGGUGCACUUUCGGGAUUUGCCUGUGGAUCCAUGAUUGGUGGAAUUGGUUCUCUUCUCCAAUCCAGAGGAAGGAUCACCCCCCAAACCCUUCCAGCAGCAAUGUUCUUGGGAACGGUUUUAGGUGUUGGUUAUGCCAUUCGAAUGUAACAAAGAGUAGAAGUGAACAAGGAAUAGAAAUAUUUGAUUGAAAUACGAUAGAAUUCGUGGUAAUUGAAUCCGGGGGGUUUUACAAUGGGAACAAGAAUAGAGGAGAUACGUCGAGACUGUGAAAUAUAUUUUUUUCUAUUUGGAAGGAGAUCCUACGUACUGCAUAAAGAUUUUCGGGAGUUUUGGCAGGGUCAAAUAAACUCGUAAAUGUAAACAGGUUCUCUGUCUUCUAAAUAAUUGACUUUUAGGUGGGUUGUACAGGGGAAAAACAUGGGAUACAAUGACGACCAAAUACGAUUCGGCAACUUGCUCUUCUAACAAAUCCAAUUCGACAUAGAAAUGAGUACGGAUUGUAAAUGCAGUAAUGGCAAAAUAGAAAUCCUUCUGUUUUAGAAGCGUUCCUUCAAAAUCAAAUACAAGCCUAUUC